AUGCCGGUCAAGUCAUUGGAGUCGUUCCUGUUUGAAAAGGGUCUGGUGGGAUCGUACCCAAUUGAGUCUUUAAAAAAUGCAACGCUUGGAAUCGAUGUUGAUCAUUAUGUGUCACGCUUGCUCACAAGCAAAAGGGAACAGUACCUAGACGCAAUUGGCGGGUUUCCAACUAGUUUAAAGAUGUACUUGGAAUCCGAUCUACAAGUUUUCAAGGAAUAUAAUAUUACGCCUGUGUUUAUUUUUAGUGGUUCCGCUGUAGCCAAUCAGGUGGAGGCCAGCGGCCAUUACACAGCUGCGGCUGAGGAAGCUGCUGCUGCUGUCAAUGCGUCUGCCUCAGGUUCGCUGGGAUCAUCAGGUUCAACCACUAGGUCCGUUAAAGAAACAAUUUUGGCCCAAAGACAUAGAGGUUGGACGCAAUGGAAUAACCUGCUAGCGAACAAUCAAUCCACUUAUAUUGAUCAGCCUAUCCCACCUACAGAGGCAUUUAGAUAUAACGUUCCACUAAACACCAAGCGCUUCCAAAGUGAUUUGAUUCAUUAUUUCAUAUCUUUGGGUAUAUACUUCCAAGUCGCUCCUUACACGUCGUGGAUGCAAUUGGCUUAUCUUUUGCAAAACUCCUAUAUCGAUGCAAUCUACGGUCCAACAGAUAUUUUAAUGCUCGAUAACGUUGAAAAGUUCAUUCUAGGCAUGGAAUUUCCCAACAAAGAAUUCCGAUUCAUUGAUAAAGCCCGUGUCCUCUCGGGACUUAAAUGCUCUUCUGAAGAGUUUAUUGAUAUCUGUAUGGCAGUUGGCAAUGAUCUGCAACCAUACACACUCUCGCCAUUACAAGUCUACCCACCUCAACAAUUGUUCGAAAUGGCGUUAGAAAUGGUCGUCAACACUGGUACUGAUUUUUAUGCAUAUCAACUAGUCAAUCCCUUAAACAUCGACAACACGAGCUCUAUUGCUCGCUACCAAAAAGGUGUCUCCGCUUUGAAAUAUAUGCCAGUAUUGAAGGAGAAUGGUAAAGUUGAACUUUUCGGAGAAAAUGAGGCAAGUAACGAAAACAGCAAGGAAUUAGAAGAUGGCUCCAUUUCUUCUCCCACUUCGUCAAACUCUUCGGAGAUCAUUCCAAAUGAUGUCCAUGAUGUGGUCUCCCAACGCUUACCACAUGAGUACUAUUUCUACAGAUCUGUCGGCCUCAUCAGUGGGAAACUUCUGGAUGCAAUAGCAACUGGCGUGUACCCUGAGGAGCCUCCACUAGACGGAGGAUCUUCGAACUCCUAUAGGAACUUGGUGAGAGUAUCGGCUGAAAUGUUCAAGAAUAAAGAAAUCAAUCUUCUAACUCAGCCAAUCAACAGAUAUUAUCAAAUCAAGCCCAUCGCACAAGUUAAUUGGUUCUCGCCAGAUGAUCCUAUAACUUUAACUAAUCGGAUGACUCCAUCAAUGUUUGAUAGAAUCAACCACCUUAUUGUGAAGACCGACGACAUGGAUCGCCAGUUUUCAAUCUACGAGUUCAUCAAUUUGAUAAAUAAAUCCAAUAAUUUGGUAAACGACUUUGUGUCAGAAAAAGUUAUAUUUCCCAAUUCAGUGCCUAUUUCGGAAAAACUAAAGUCAUCUUUCGAUAUACUCUCAACCAGUUUCCUACGAUUUUUAACCUUACUCGAAUUCUUCGAAUAUGAUCAUUCCAAGAAGAUUUUGAAGCCUACUAAAUGGGGUAAAAUUCUGUUGGACUUUAACAAAUUAGGCAUUGAUUCGCAGUUUCAAGAAGCGAUUUUCAUUUUUAUGACGUUUUUAAAAACUGGCGUCUUAUCAUUGACCGAUGAAACCCAGCCAAGUGUUCCCUUGGCACUGUCGAAGGCUACUAUUCGCACUUAUCCAACAGAGUCAUCAUAUAUCCUAAUCCUAACCCGCGUUUUGAGUUUAUUCCGUUUGAAGCAGAAACCUGCCAAUUAUCAUGGUCCAAUUGAUAAAAAAGCUCUAAUUUAUCUUGACCAUUUGGAUUAUGUGAAGGAGAAUAUGAAUGAAUUAUUCGAAUCAGUGCUAAUCUCAUCAUUAACCGCCGGUGAAUUUGAUAGGUUAUCUCUCGAUAAUAUUGGUUGGCAACGGAAAAUUGUGGCUCUGAUGCCUUUUAAACUGUCAUCUCCAAGCACAGUUACGUCGAUGAUUUGGGAAUUUUACUUGCAAAAGUUCCUGCACAACGGACACUCCAGGGGAGAUGCAAUGGCAUUGGUAAUGACUAUAUUCAAUACCUAUAAAUCCGUUCCUAAUCUUGAAGAGGAACUUGAACGGUCAUUACUGUAUUUGAAUCAUUUUGCAUUAGCCUUGAAAGAAAUGGCUGAUGAGGGCCUUUGUAAGCCCCAGGAUUAUGAUACUUUUAAAAAUGCCCUAUUCUUUGCGACUGAAUCACUUGCUAAGUAA